ACCUCCACACAAGCAACAUACCAGAGAGUUAUACCCGGUCUCAACACCAACUCAAGCAGGUCCUGUCAGCCCACAUGCAGGCCUUGCCUAAUGCUGAUGUCAUACCAACUCACAUCUUGUCUGCUCUCACUUGCUGUUCUACUAGUGAGAGACGGCUCGCGAAAUGAAGCUACGAGACAUAUAAGAGCGUCUUGGCUCCCUUACUUUACUUCGCGCGGCGCCUAGCAAACAGCUCUCCACAGGGACAGGCAAACGUAAGAAGGUCGAACCGACAAACAGCGCAGUAUACAUAAGGAUACCUUAAGCCGACUUGGUGUAGCAAGCACUUGACACUACCAUGAAGGCCUAUCUCUUGGUCGGCCUCGUAUGGGGCAUGGGCGUUGCAGCUCGCGCGCUUCACAUCGAUGAUACUUCUGGCGGCGUAACGUACCGCGGUCUGGAGCGCGAUGGCAUACAACACUUCUAUGGCAUACCAUAUGGACAAGACACAAGCGGAGAGAACAGGUUCAAACCUCCCCGCCCAUAUGUGCCACUUCCUGGGUCGGCUAUUGAUGGGACAGAACCUGGAGCCGCCUGUCCACAGCCGCUUGGAAAAUCGUCCCCACCAUUGGGUCAAGGCAACAUCACAAAAGUUUCCGAGGACUGUCUAAACUUAAACAUCGUCAGGCCGAGGCUCGACGACGCAGAUGCGCACCUAAAAUUGCCGGUAAUGGUCUGGAUCCACGGCGGCAGCUUCUGGUGGGGUUCGAACAUGGAGCCAACUUUUAAGCCUGACGGAUUAGUCCGUCAGUCCGUCGAGGGCGGUAAUCCAGUGAUCCAUGUGGCAAUGAACUAUCGCCUGGGCUUCUUCGGAUUCGCGCAGUCAGACUUCCUUAGACAAGAGGGCAGUGAGAAUGCUGGACUUCGGGAUCAACGCCUUGCGAUUGAAUGGGUCCGCGAUAAUAUCGACAUCUUUGGCGGUGAUCCAGAGAAUAUUACCAUUUUUGGACAGUCUUCUGGUGGCCUUGCAAUUGGAAUGCACAUCCUCGCUUACGGGGGAACAAAGCCCUUGCCGUUUCGAAAAGGUAUCGCACAGUCGCAAUCUCUUGAGCCUGGCAUCACCGGGAAUUUCUCAAGAGAUGCAAUGUCUGCCCUGGUAGACUACGUUGGCUGCAAUGCGACCGAUCUUCAAGCCUCAGAGACGAUUGCUUGUCUGCGCGACAUGGACACCGACACACUGUUGAAUGCGUCGAUCACCACUUAUGCAAGCGAUAUUGGCCACAACGUUGGUGACAUAUGGCUGCCGGUGGUUGACGGUGAUUUCCUGCCUGCGCCUCCGAGUGAACUGAUUGAAGAAGGUCGAUUUGGAAAUGCGACAUUUACGACAGGCUGGACGCAAGACGACAUGAAUUUCUACACCAACGUCAGCAUAGCUACAGCUGAUGACACAUACAACUUCUUUCGCUUGUACCUUCCAGCCCUACCAAGGCAGUCUCUGAAAGCACUCUUGAAGUUGUAUCCAGUUGCUGAGUUCGCUCCACCAUCAGGAACAAAUUUGACAGCAGAAUUCUAUCGAGCAGCGCGUAUCUUCCGGGAUAUACUGAUGGUCUGCCCAUCACUUCAUUUGGGCGCCGCAAUGCACAAGGAGCACGGUCCGUCGGUCUUCUACUACGACUUUAAUCAGACGAUCCUCGAACCGAUAUUGGAACACACCAUCAACGUAUCGCAUCUAGGACGCGUUCACACAUCCGAGUUUGCGUACGUCUUCGGCAAUGUGGAGGCAUACAACAACUCCGGUAACCCCGUCAUUCUGACGGAGUCGGACUAUGCUUUGCAGGAACGCGCGAGCCGAUCGUGGAGUGCCUUUGCAGCGGACGGAAACCCAACGCAGAAGGGGCAGAAUACUCUACAAGGCUGGCUUGACGCAUACAAUGCCCCGGAUCAGACUCACGUCAUGACGAUUGGCGGGCCGUGGGAGGGCUGGUGGCCAUUGAGCGGUGUGAGCUCGCCUGAGGUGGUGCAGCAUCAGAAGCUCGUUGAGAGGUGUGCAUUCUUCAACAGUCCAGAAAUAAUUCGAGACCUCCAGUAUUGACCGCCGGUCUUGCUGCUUUGGAGCAGGUCGUGAAGCUAGAAACGGACCAGAUGCGACGCCUCGGAACGAGAGUCCUAG